AUGGCAUCUCAUUUACUCAAUCAUUCCGCCAAGAUGAGAAAUGCUUCAAAGUUACUGCACCGCGAGCGCGCUCUCUUGAUUCGUUGGUUUUCCGGCGAUGCUCAAUCCUCUCUCCACCGGAACCGCGAUGUGUGGAAAACUAAGUUCCUUGAGUCUUCAACAAGAAGCAGUGUCUUUGAACCGGCCUCCGGCUUUAAUAAACAUUCAUUUGGUACGCAGAAGAGAAACAUGUCCAUGGCUAGCAUCAAACGGAGUUCCAUGAUAGAGAUUUCACAAGCUACCUCUACUAGUCUGUGGCCAGAGUUUCUACUCACUAGUGACCUUGACUUUGGAUUGAGCUCUGAGGCUGUCACUCAAUCACCUGAUAUGGGUAACAUUGCGAGAUGGUUGAAGAAAGAAGGUGAUAAAGUCUCUCCUGGUGAAGUGCUCUGUGAAGUUGAAACUGAUAAAGCUACUGUUGAAAUGGAAAGUAUGGAAGAAGGUUAUCUGGCCAAGAUAAUCCGAGGAGAUGGGCAAAAAGAAAUUAAAGUUGGUGAGGUAAUCGCCAUAACUGUUGAAGAUGAGGGGGAUAUUGCAAAGUUUAAAGAUUACAAACCUUCAGCAUCUGAAUCAAGUGCGCCUGCUGCCACAGAAACAUCUGCCCCAUCCCCACCAAGGAAAGAGGUGGUGGAGGAGCCUGCCCGAGAACCUGAGCCAAAGGUUUCCAAACCUAGUGCACCACCGUCAUCUGGAGAUCGUAUAUUUGCUAGUCCUCUUGCUAGAAAGUUGGCUGAAGAGAAAAAUGUACCUCUCUCUAGCAUUAAAGGAACAGGACAUGAAGGACUCAUUGUGAAGGCUGACAUUGAAGAUUUCUUGGCUUCUGGUGCUAAAGAAGUUUCGGCCCCCUCAAAGGCCAAGGGUGCAACAGAUGCAGCUUUGGAUUAUACCGACAUUCCUGUCUCUCAGAUACGGAAGGUCACUGCUUCACGGCUAUUAUUAUCAAAACAAACUAUUCCUCAUUACUAUUUAACAGUGGAUGCAUGUGUUGAUAAACUCAUGAGUUUACGGACCAAACUCAAUUCAUUACAAGAAGCCUCUGGUGGAUCCCGCAUAUCAGUUAAUGACCUUAUAAUCAAGGCUGCUGCUUUGGCUCUCCGUAAAGUUCCUCAAUGUAACAGUUCAUGGGCAAAUGAUUAUAUUCGCCAGUAUAAUAAUGUGAACAUUAAUGUGGCUGUGCAGACUGAUAAUGGACUCUUUGUUCCAGUCAUCAGGGAUGCGGACAAGAAAGGCCUCUCUACAAUAGGGGAGGAGGUCAAACAAUUGGCAAAGAAAGCCAAAGAAAACAGCUUAAAACCCCAAGAUUAUGAGGGAGGUACGUUUACAGUGUCUAACCUGGGAGGGCCGUUUGGUGUCAAACAAUUCUGUGCAAUCAUCAAUCCUCCUCAGUCGGGCAUUCUAGCAGUUGGAUCUGCUGAGAGGAGGGUCAUUCCGGGAUCAGGUGCUGAAGAAUUCAAGUUUGCUUCUUUUAUGUCUGUGACCCUCAGCUGUGAUCAUCGUGUUAUAGAUGGUGCAAUCGGUGCCGAAUGGUUAAAAGCAUUCAAAGGUUAUAUUGAAAAUCCAGAAUCUAUAUUGUUGUAA